AUGAAUAAACUCAAUAAACCUGAAUCGAGAGUUCAACGCAACAUUCGCGUAGUAAUGACCAAUAUCAAGGAGGAACAAAAGCAAAAAGUUGUGAAAUACUUAAGUCAAUUAAAGGAAGAAGGUGAACUAGCCAAACCCAGAUAUGCUCAUUCAUAAUUUCCACAGUAGAAAUUUAAUUAAACUGUUACAGAACCUAGUCUUAUUGAUUUUUAACUUGACAAUCUGAAUUUGAAAGUAAGUAAAGUGGGAACUCUGGUGGAACCCAUGAUUCCAAUAGUGGAAGCUCCUCAUAAACCUAUAAUUAAGAAGUUCAAAGCCCUGAAACACCCAGUGUUCUUAACAGAAAAUAUAGUUAACACCAUAAAGCCUGUCGAAAGGAUAAGUGAAUUACCUGUAUCGAUAAAAAGAAGCACCAAAUAAUAAAUGAUGAAUAAAGAAAUUCUUCAUCGUUUGGGAUUGUUGAGUGUCCAAGCAAAGAGGGAACUCCAAAUCGAAAAACUCAGUAACAGGGCUCUCAAGGUUUCCAAAAAUAAAGAGACCUCUUCAUUAAAUCAUAAAUAACUGGAAGCUAUUACUCUUUAAUUGAAAGAGAAUGAGAAACAAGAGCAGGUUCAAUCAGCUCAAAGAUGCACUACUUCAGCAUCUGGUGCGUCUAGAAAGGCUUAUGAUUAUCAGGAUGAGUAUUUGGUUGAUUGUCUAACUGAAAGACUUGAUUUGGUAUACAGUGUUUAAACCUUUAAAAAUAGGCCUCAGACAAGAAUAACUAAAAGGAAAAUUCACAAUUUUUUUAAAACAGUAACCAUGGCGCACUUGGAUAAUUUAGAUGAAAUUAAAAAGGACGAUGUGAUCUAUUAAAGAGAGUUUGCAACUGUGUAAACGACGGCUACUGGAUUAUAAUGA